UGAUUAAAAUCGGAAGGUACUGCACAUAAAAUACUACGAUAGUCACAUAAGAAUGGGAUCUCUCUUGCUAUUGCUUUUUAAAACCGGGUCACUUAGGUCACUGUCCUUGAAGAGGGUAGAGUGGGUGCGAAAAGGACAUGGGAGGGACGUUCUUCAGUGGCCAAUCUCGCACAGUCGGAAGAGUGGAGUUGCAUAGUCAUCAUUGUUGUGUCACGCCGACUUCCUGUGCGAGUCUAUUUAGGAGAAGGAGGCCAUGACAGAGCGAUGACGUGAUUUUGACCUGAAUGACUUCGAGAAGGGUCCAUAUUGGGCUUGACUUUUGAAUGGCUUCAAGAUUGAAAGGUUCUGACCCAUGUCAGCACGACGGAGGCGAUGCCGGCGGCUAGGACCAGCAAGACAAGGAGUACGAGCGGAGAGGAGAGGGGGGGCACCCAGGCAGGCACCAGAGGUUCUUGACCUGUAUUAGCCGGUUCUGCUUGCUUGUCCUGCUUGAUGACAAGCGGCCUCACCUGCGAGAUGCUCUCCUGCACGUACGCCAGGAAGAAACAUCGUCAGCAACAUCUAGUAUCUCAGAACCUUUCACACGGCACUGCCUCCUGAGAAAAGAUGUGGCGGGUGAGCUCGGACGAACCCCAGCUGUGGGGCAACCCCCGGCGAGCGCUUACCGACGAAGGCGUGAGCGUUUCUGAAUAACGCGGGCGGGGGCACGCCACAUCUGGACCCCGGCGACUUGGCCCCACCUAGGAGGAAGACGAAAAGCGCUUUAUUGAAGGAAGCUGGUGCGCUGACGUGUUGCAAAGAGGCAGAAGAUGAACAACCUCACAGUCAUUGUCGGACGUCUCUCCUGAGGAAAAGAGGCUGUGGGAGUCCCCCCGCAGCAUGACCUCUGACCUGGCUCACAUAGACCUAGAGUAGACCGCAUCGUUUGCGUCAUGCUCGCAAUGAUGGUUUUACACGCUGUUCAUCCCACAGAAGGAGACAAAGCUAGAAAGAUGUCUGCAGAGUCGUCAGGGCGAUAUUGAAGAUUUGAGGUCAAACAUUUCCAGCGAUUCAUUGAAGACCAGAAGAACUUUAUCCAGGGUGCAUCUAGAACACCUCAAUAUGUUGAAGUGACCAUGAAAGAGUCAGACCAAGCCAAGGACAGCCCCCCAAAGUGGGAUUGGCCCCUCAAGCCUGACACGCGCCUCUGCCUUAACACUUUAGACUUCUCAGACCUCUGGGAUGAGGAAGAACUGGACAGCACUGAAGACGAAGAAACCAACUCUACAGAUGAAAGAUUAUAUGGUGUUCUAACGCCUCCACCACCUCCUCCUCUCGACCAAAAACGCUUCCUAGCCACCCCAAAGAGAGCUGCCAAUAAAUGUGCCACCCUGAAACUUCACUGGAGGGCUCUGCCGAGUUUGGUCCCACUUCCCCGGAGGACUCGCUUUGGAACUCAGACUAUUUGGGCCGGACUUGAGCCAGUCCACUUGGAUACGGAUUGGCUGGAGUUUCUGUUUGAAUGGAAGGGCAAAAGCACCUGCUUGAGUGUGGCCUGUGAGCAGCGGAAACAAGCAGUAGUGUCAGUGUUGGGAAUGACGAGGAGUAACAACAUCACUAUCACCAUGAGCCGCCUGCCACCCCUACGUCUCCUUCCCCCUGCUAUAUACAGCAUGGACAGCAGUGUGCUGGACCGAGAGGACCUUCAGCGGCUUCAAACUCUUAUCCCAACUGAGGAAGAGCUCUGUCUGAUCAAAGAGGCUAAGACUAAGAACCCCGGUUGCCCUCUGGCCACAGCCGACCUCUGCCUUCAGACUUUGGGGGAGAUCCCUUAUCUGAGCUCCAGGCUUAACCUAUGGGCCUUCGCAUUGGAUUACGACUCUUUGGAACAGGAGAUUGCCGAGCCACUCUUCCACCUGAAAGUGGCCAUGGAGCAGCUGGUAGCUAGCGAGACCUUCAGACACAUUCUUGCGACAGUGUUAGCCAUUGGUAACUUCCUCAACGGAUGUAAGGCUUGCGGUUUCGAGUUGAGCUACCUGGGCAAGCUCUCCCAGGUGAGGGACACACGCUCCCGCCAGCCUCUGCUGCAUCAUGUAUGCGUGCUCCUGUUGCAUCUCUACCCUCAGUCCUCGGAUCUCUACUCGGAACUGACAGCGGUUAGCAAAGCUGGCAAGUGGGACUACUCCCUGGUCCAAGCCAAUCUAGACCACCUCGGUGACGUCUGUAGAGUUUCAUGGCAGCAGAUGAAGAUGUUAGAUAGAGCAGAGGAAUGUAAAUUGUCAAAGGGGGAGCAGAGGAGACUGUUAGUGGAAGGAGGUGAACGCUUAGGACAGAAUGGGGCGCUCCGUCACAGGCUUUCACAUAUCCUGAGGGAGUGUGAGGACAGGAUGAAGGUCUUGAGAGCUGUCCAUCGCAGGGUUGUCAACCGGUUCCACUCAUUCCUCUUGUUCCUGGGUUACUCUAAAGCAAUGGCACGAGAAACCAGAGCAGAGGACUUCUGUAGAACAAUAAGUAACUUCUCUCUCGAGUUCCGGGCCGCUCAGCAGACCAUUCUGCUUCAGAGGGAGCGUGCAGCUGCAAGUCCAAGUCUAAACACUCCUGCAAGAAGAGGGAAACCAUCUCCAAAACAUGUACAAGUACACGACCUGGCAAAUAAUGCAAAGAAACAAGGCUCUGUGUUACUUAAUCAGGAAAGUGAGCAACACCGCAAUCUGGAGGCCGUGCUGACUUCAACCGACUUUACCUCCAAGCUGGAUGUGACGCUGCCUCUGCACCGCAGGAGGAUGCUAAACAACCAAGGUCCACUCUCAGCAAAAUUGAAGCGGUAACGCUGCUGGUGGAGAGCUAACCAGAUGACGUGACAUCUCAAAUAUAUAGUUUGAACACUUAACUUUACAUACAACAACUUGAAAGAAUUGAAGAAACUAUUAAAAACUUUCUGCUCGAAACAAAA